AUGGCAUUCGUGCAGCGGAUGCGCUCCCCUUGCCUCUCCUUUGUCCAGACACUUUUGUCUCUCCUCCUGAGCACCACGGCCCUCAUGUCCUCCUACUGGUGCGUGGGUCAGCAGAAGGUGCCCAAACCUCUGUGUUCGCCCACCAAGCAGACCAAAUGCAUCCCCGUUCCCGGCGUCUCCAACUCCUCCAGGAUUCAGUUCUUCUGGGAGACCGGCGACGACCGCUUUGUCUUCCCCAACUUUCACACCGGACUGUUCAUCAUCUGUGAGGAGAACAUCUACAUAGAUGAGUGGGAGGAAAAGUGUCGAGGCUUUUACACACUCCCCCCAGGAUCUGAAAAAGCAAUGCUUUGGCUGUCGCUGUCAAUGGAGCUCGUGAAUAUCGGUCUGCUGUUAAUCAGCUGCAUACUGCUGUCCGUGCAGCUGUGUAUCAGGGCCUGGUGUCCCUCUACGAAGCACUGGGGCCAGCUGCUCAAUGCUUUUGCAGCUGUCUUCACAGUCCUGGGAGGUCUGCUCGGGAUGGUCGGUCACAUGAUGUUCAUGCAGGUGUUUCAGACCACUGCCUCGAUGGGACCAGAAGACUUCAAGCCACAUAGUUACGGGUACUCCUGGGCGUUCUAUGUGGCCUGGCUUGGCUUCACCAUCUGCAUGGCUGCAGGUGUCUCCACCCUGAACAACUAUACCAAAAAGGUCCUGAUGGUGGGUCCCAGGCGUGUCUCCGACCUCAACCCCUGCAGCUUUAACUUUAUGGGACUCCUGCCACCUUACUACACACCACCAAAUCCUGCCUCCAACCUCACCUGUCCCCUGUCUCCUCCUCGGAUCUCCCACUUGUCUCCCUACUAUGCCCCCCCUUCGGAAACAUCGCCGCCCUCCGCCCCCACUCCAAGGCUCACGCACUCCCAUUCACUUCCUAUCUCAAUUUCUAAAUCCUUCCCUCCUCCCCCCUCUCACCCUGCACCCGGGUCACCUUUUCACCGUCUGUCCCUGCCCUCACCAUCUCCCUCACCUACACCACUCGUCUCUUACCACACGACCCUCCCAAGACACCAGGAGAAUCAUUACGAGCCAGAAGAGGACUACAGCCCUCUCUGAGGACUCUUAGAAAUGCUGUGUGCUGGGAAUAUUAAACUU